AUGAAGGCCUCGGCUUUACUCCUCCUGUUUGCUGUGGCUAACGCCAAGCACGAACAAUAUCAAGGAUGGAAGUCGUAUUUUGUCAAACCCUCCAACAGAGUACAGCUAGAGGUGUUGGGUUCAGUCGUUCAGAACUACGGAGUCGACUUUUUAAGUAAUCCAGCUGUAGAGCGAAAUGGACUUGCGCUCGUGAAACCUGAACUACAUGAAGAGUUCAUAAAGUUGCUGGAAGAUCAUGGCAUCGCUUACAAGCUCCACGCUGAAGAUGUAAAAGCACAACUAGACAUCGACGAUAAGUUGUUUGAAACAAGACGUCGCGAAAGCAGUGGAAAGAAAAACGAGAGAAUUCCUUUCGAUUACUAUCCGGAACUUGAGGAGAUUAAUGAAUAUUUGGAGUACGUUGCUGAACAAUACCCUAACCUGGUAACUAUUGUAUACCCUGGAUACACAUUCGAAGGUCGCGAAUUAAAAUAUUUAAAAAUCUCAACGACAAACUUUGAAGAUGAAGAUAAGCCAAUCAUUCUUAUAGAUGGUGGUUUCUUCGGUCGGGAUUGGAUUACUUCUGCUACAGUAUUAUUUGCUAUUUACAACCUUACGCAAACUGAUAUGCUACAUGAUUAUGACUGGAUUCUAUUGCCCGUAGUCAACCCCGAUGGAUAUAAAUACUCCUUUACAAAUGAUCGUUUCUGGAUUAAGACUCGCUCUACUGAUCAACAUUUAUUCAGUACACUUUGCCCAGGCGUAAAUGCCAACAGAAACUUUAACUUCUUCUGGAACACCUUAGAUACAAGUUAUACACCUUGUGCCGAUAAUUACGCCGGUAACAAACCCUUAUCCGAAAGGGAGACUUUUGUUUUGAGGUUUAGCCUCGACGAAUUCAUUCCUCGCAUAGUUCUUUAUAUCAGUAUGCACAGUUAUGGAAGUUUAAUUCUAUAUCCUUGGGGAAAUGAUGGCUCCCUCUCAAACCACGCUUUUGCUUUGCAAAGUGUAGGAGUGGCUAUGGCGGAUACCAUAUAUGCGAAUUCCUUACCCGAUUUUCCUAGAUACAUUGUUGGAAAUUCUGUCUUAGUCACUGGAAUCAAAACAUCAGGUACUGCGGUUGACUAUGCUCACAAGUUAGGAACACCAUUGUCAUUCAAUUUAGAACUUCCUGGAAUUGGAGAAGGUACAGAAGGAUUCCAUUUGGAUCCUAAGUAUAUAGAACAAGUAGCAAAAGAAACAUGGGCUGGAAUAGUAGUGGGCGCUAGAAGAGCUGCAGAGUUAUUUGGGAGGACAUGA